AUCGUGAUCUGCUCCACACCGUUUCUCCACAUCGAGAAGCUUAUAAAUAAUCGCUCCAACUGUCUAAUUCGUUAUAUCUUAGCGGUGUGGGCAUUUUUAUAUUUUGCCAGUUAUUACUGAAUAUGUCUGCCCCUCCGCGCACCGACCAGGAGAAGCGCCGGCAGAUCUCCGUAAAAGAGAUUGCCCUCGCCGAAAACGUCCUGAACGUUAAAAGAACUUUCAAUCGCCACCUCCACUACACUCUGGUCAAGGAUCGGAAUGUUGCUACACCCCGAGAUUAUUACUGUGCUCUCGCUCAUACGGUCAAAGAUAAUCUUGUCAGCCGAUGGAUUCGAACUCAGCAGCAUUAUUACGAGACCGACCCUAAGAGGGUGUACUACCUUUCACUGGAAUAUUUGGUUGGAAGGUCGUUGACGAAUACGAUGAUAAACUUGGGAAUACAAAGCACCUGCGACGAAGCUCUCUAUCAGCUCGGUCUGGAUACGGAGGAAUUAGAAGACAUAGAAGAAGAUGCCGGAUUGGGCAAUGGUGGUCUGGGGCGAUUGGCUGCUUGUUUCCUGGAUAGUAUGGCUACCUUGGGACUGGCUGCCUAUGGUUAUGGAAUCCGAUAUGAAUAUGGAAUAUUCUCUCAGAGAAUAAAAAAUUGUGAACAGAUUGAAGAACCUGAUGACUGGCUCAGAUUUGGUAACCCUUGGGAGAAGGCCAGACCAGAGUAUAUGCUGCCGGUGAAUUUCUAUGGUAGAGUUGAAAAAACGAACAAAGGCUCUAAAUGGGUAGACACUCAGAUAGUUUUUGCAAUGCCUUACGACAGCCCAGUGCCAGGAUUCCGGAAUAAUGUGGUGAACACCUUGCGAUUAUGGUCAGCAAAAUCUCCUCACAGUUUCAAUUUAAAGUUUUUUAAUAAUGGUGAUUAUAUACAAGCUGUGUUGGAUCGAAAUUUAGCCGAGAACAUAACAAGAGUCUUGUAUCCCAACGACAAUUUAUUCGAAGGCAAGGAACUAAGGCUGAAACAGGAAUAUUUCAUGGUGGCUGCUACCCUACAAGAUAUUAUUCGUAGAUUCAAAGUUUCGAAGUUCGGGUCGAAGGAUCCAAUCCGAACGUCACUGGAUAAUUUCCCUCAGAAAGUUGCAAUACAAAUGAAUGACACCCAUCCAGCCAUCGCAAUUCCAGAACUGAUGCGAAUAUUAAUCGAUAUCGAAGGUCUAUCAUGGGAUAAGGCUUGGAGUAUAACUACGAAGACUUGUGCUUACACUAAUCACACCAUUUUACCAGAAGCAUUAGAGAGGUGGCCCACAACCAUGCUCGAGAACAUUCUGCCAAGACAUCUAGAAAUAAUAUACGAAAUCAAUGCGCAACAUUUAAAGAAAGUGUCAGAGAAAUAUCCGGGCGAUAUCGACAAACUCCGGCACAUGUCUAUAGUAGAAGAGGAACCCGAGAAAUGCAUCAACAUGGCCCACUUAGCCAUCGUCGGCUCCCAUGCAGUGAAUGGAGUGGCAAGGCUACAUUCCGAUAUUCUAAAAACUACUGUGUUCAAGGAUUUUUAUGAAAUGAAUCCGGAAAAAUUUCAGAAUAAAACAAAUGGCAUCACACCAAGACGUUGGUUGGUUCUAUGCAACCCUGAGCUGGCGGAUACGAUAGCAGAGAAAAUUGGCGAUGAGUGGAUCACGCAACUCGACCAGUUGAAAAGGAUUUUACCUUUAGCGAAAAUAACCAGUUUCGUUCAAAAAGUACAGAAAGUAAAAAAUGUAAUUCACAUUUUGAUAAUUUUAUUACUUCUCUUCGUAUUCGUUAAGGAAAAUAAAAUGAAAUUGGCUGCAUUGAUGCUAAAAGAUUACGGGAUCACAGUGAAUACUGCAUCUAUAUUUGAUGUACAAGUCAAAAGAAUCCAUGAAUACAAGCGACAGUUGCUCAAUUUACUACAUAUUGUUACUCUGUACAACCGCAUUAAAGAUAACCCCAACGGACCAUUCCAACCACGGACUAUCAUGAUCGGGGGAAAGGCUGCGCCUGGCUACCACAUGGCAAAACAAAUCAUAGGACUGAUUUGCGAAGUUGCAAGAGUCGUCAACAAUGAUCCAAUAAUCGGAAACAAAUUAAAAGUAAUCUAUCUGGAGAAUUACAGAGUUACCUUAGCCGAAAAGGUCAUUCCUGCUGCCGAUCUGAGUGAGCAGAUAUCCUUGGCUGGAACGGAAGCAUCAGGCACUGGAAAUAUGAAAUUCAUGUUGAAUGGCGCCUUAACUAUUGGCACAUUGGACGGUGCUAACAUUGAAAUGCGAGACGAAAUGGGAGCUGAGAAUAUAUUUAUAUUUGGAAUGACAGUUGAUGAGGUGAAAGCGCUAGAACGAAAAGGGUACAAUGCAAUGGACUAUUACGAAAAGAACCCAGAACUGAAACGUUGUAUAGACCAAAUAAAGUGCGGUUAUUACAGCCCUAAUAAUGUGGACCAAUUUAAAGACCUUGUCGAUGUUCUACUUAAGUAUGAUAGAUUUUAUGUCCUUGCUGAUUAUGAAGCGUAUGUAAAAUGCCAAGAAAAAGUUAGUAGAACAUAUAUGGAUGGCAACAAGUGGACAGCAAUGGCGAUCAAAAACAUUGCAAGCGCAGGUUACUUUUCAAGUGAUCGAACAAUAACCGAAUAUGCGAAGGAUAUCUGGGGAAUCAAGCCGACGAGGGCGAAGCUCCCGGAUCCUCAUGAGCCGCAGGAACUGCAGGACAAGAAAAAAAGUCCUAGUGGCCUGAAAAUGAAGUGAGAAAAACUAAAUGCUCAGAAGGAAUGAACUGUUGUUUAGAACAUAAGAUAUAUCUUGGCCUUUUUAGGAAACCGUGCUUCAUAAUAUAUGUUAGUCUGUUAAUGAUUUGCGCAUUUAUACAAAUAAAGUUUCAAAUUUUAUUCAAGA